CCCAGGGAUGGACCGAGUUGUAGCUGAGCUCAGGGACUUUGAGGUUAGAGAAGAUGAUGUGUGGGUGGUGACCUAUCCAAAGGCAGGUACAACCUGGGCACAGGAAAUCAUGUCUUGCGUGAUGCAUGAUGGGGAUUUGGAGGCCGUCAACAAGAGGCACACUUCUUUCCGUGUCUCCUUUCUUGAGCUGAGUUUGUCUGAGUUGGUACGUAAGGUCAAAAACGUUCCUGAGACCCACCGACUUGCUGCAAAGAUCCCAUCAACUCGAGUUCUCAAGUCCCAUCUCCCGGGCCCCUUACUGCCUCCUCAGAUAUGGCAGAAGAAACCUAAGAUUGUCUACGUCCUGCGAAACCCCAAAGAUGUGGUAGUGUCCUACUUCCACUUCCGGAAGUUGGUUGUGCCGACUAAGGCAAUGCAGGCUGAAACGUUUGACGAGUUUCUUCAGAAAAUGUUCACGGGCAAAGGCGUGUCCUUUGGACUUUGGUGGAAACAUUACCUGUACUUCUGGGAGAAGAGACACGAGGAGAACAUUCUUAUACUUCGAUUCGAAGACAUGAAACGGGAUCUCCGGGGUAACGUGGAGAAGAUCAGCCGUUUUCUGGGCAAGGAUUUUCCCGCAGAGACGCUGAAUGCAAUCACGGAACACUGCACCUUCGCUAACAUGAAGACAAACCUCAUGGCCAACAACAACGCCGUGUUUGAGAAGCGGGAAAUACCAGAAGGAAUGUCAUUCAUGAGAAAGGGUAAAGUGGGGGACUGGAAAUCUCAUUUCACCGUGGCCCAGAACGAGGCCAUGGACGCCGAGAUCAAAGAGAGGCUCAAAGGUUCAGGAUUGACGUUUGAGUAUGAUUAGCCAAUCAGGACAUCAGUUAUAAUCGAUUAGUUUGUAUUCAGAUUAUCGGUUUCUGAUUCUUGAGAUCUUGGAAUUACAGCAUGCGUACUAUAUUUGGUAGUUUUUAUUUUUUUUUAGCAGUGUGAAGUUUUGAUUAAAGGAACGAGGCUCCACUUAUUUACAUAAGUUACAAUACUUAAACAAUUAUUAGUUACAGUGUUCACAAUAAGUGUUUAAAGGAAGAAAAUAUAUGUUAAUGAUUGUUCUUUAUGUAGCAGAACCCAUGAAAUUAUUCGAGCUUCGGCCGAAAUUGAAAAUAUGGUCGCCUUUCCUUUCGUUUUUGGCCUAAAUGAAAAAAAGUCAAGAAAAACAGAGGGGAUUCAAGUUAAUGACAUGUGAUCGAUGACAUGUGAUUAAUGACAUGUUAAUGAGAUGGGUUCUAAACAUAUUGGACCAGAGUGACGCUUGCUCCCUUCACUCUGAUUCGAUCCCGUAAUGGGAAGUGACGGAUUUACAUCGUGUACUUGGUGAUUUUAUUUCCAACGUGUACUACGUGUUUUCAUCGUGAAAUAGUACCUCCAUUCCUCCUCAACAAACCCCCUUUCCAUUUUGCUUAUUUUCAUAUUCAGUACUGCAAUUAGGCAUGAUUUUUUUGAUGGUCAAAAUUAUGACAAGACAACUCUGAGCAAAUAUUACGUGUUUGUCGAUCUCUGAACACCUAAAUCAAACUCUUAUUUAAAGGCAUGGCCAGGCACCUGUGUAUUCCGAAAUCCAACAUGCAAAUGGUCCAGUGCCAGGGUGAGAGAGCAGCUGGUGGACACGUACUGCUUAACCCAUUUGGGAACGAGGAGGGCAUUGCUAGCUGU